AUGCGACGACCUCUCAUCAUCUUCCUGGUCAUCAACCUCUUCUUCAUCUCACUACUACUCCAUGCAUUCUAUACCCUCAUCACGCUCCUCUUCGAAGACUGCUCCGCAGAUGCUAUCCGAGCCGUCGACAUCCCAGCUCCUAAUAGCUCUAUGAUCGACGCACGACCACAGCAUAUCCCGAAGAUUAUUCACCAGACGUGGAAGAACGAGACGAUUCCCGACAAAUGGCGGGAACCCCAGAGGACUUGUUUGGAGUUGCACGAGGACUACUCUUACAUGCUCUGGACUGACGAGAAGUCUCGGGACUUUAUCGCCGCUGAAUACCCAUGGUUCCUCGACACGUUCGACUCCUACCCAUACCCAAUUCAACGUGCGGAUGUUAUCCGCUACUUCGUCCUCGCUCACUACGGUGGUGUCUACAUCGACCUCGAUGACGGCUGCAACCGUCGCCUAGAUCCACUUCUCUCAUACCCCGCCUGGGUGCGCAAGACCAUCCCCACUGGUAUCUCCAACGACGCCAUGGGCAGUGUUCCUCACCACCCCUUCUUCCUUCGCGUCAUUGAGAGCUUGAAGCCUUACGCCAGAAAUUGGUACAUGCCGUACUUGACGGUUAUGUUCAGUACUGGACCCUUGUUCUUGAGUGUCGUCUGGAAGGACUAUAUCCGAUGGGGUGUUGAGAGCGAGUCGGCUCGCGUCAGGGUUUUGAUGCCUGAUGAGUACAAGGGCAAGUUCUGGUCUUUCUUCCUUGGGUUCUCUGGAUCUUCGUGGCACCAGGGUGACGCCAACUUCGUCUUCUGGGCUGCCAAGCACUGGGUCUUCCUUACUGUACUUGGAUUCUUGACCGCUGCUGUCGUCUUCAUCAUCGGGUGGGUCUGCUACGUCAAGGUUUACCUCCGAUUUACCAGGCGUGGACGGGGAAAGUACAUUCCCUUGAAGAAGCGUGAUACUUGGCCUGUUGUCGUUGUUGAACGUGAGCGACGAUCGAGCAUGUCCAGCGAGGAGGACUACGCCAUGGACGACAUCACUCGGAUAGCAUAG